AGUUCAGAUAUGGCAAUUGGGAGCAUAUCAACCGCCAAGAACUCACCUCCCCAAAAACCCCACUCUUCAAUUUUGGCGUUUGUUCUAAUGCAAAGGCAGACCAUUCUAUACGGCAGCAAGGCCACGGCCUCUUUCAACUUCGUCACAAAUCUAAACACAAAACAUGGUUCAACAAGUCCCUUCCAAGUUAAAUUUUGUCUCGUGAAAGCAAAUUUUCCAUCAAACAUCAUCAAAGGAUUGGAAGUUUCGGGAUACCGCCACGCAUUCGGUCACGUAGAGGUCCGAGUGGCGUCUGGAAACCUAGGAGAAUUGGCCGAGGAAGACGACGAUGAUGUGUGUCCCGUUGAAUGUGUUAGAGAGUUUAGUACCGAUGCGGAGUUCAGCAAAAUUCUCGAAACGGCCAAAGAAACUGGUGCUUUGGUUGUCGUAGAUUUUUAUCGGACUUCGUGUGGGAGCUGCAAGUACAUAGAGCAAGGGUUUUCGAAGCUGUGUAAGGGAGCUGGUGAUGGAGAAGCUGCUGUUAUCUUCUUGAAGCAUAAUGUAAUUGAUGAGUACGACGAACAAUCCGAGGUUGCUGAUCGACUUAGAAUUAAGACGGUGCCGCUCUUCCAUUUCUAUAAAGACGGGAUCCUCUUGGAAGCAUUUCCAACUAGAGACAAAGAGAGGAUCACUGCAGCCAUUAGUAAAUACACAAGUCCAGCAUCUCAAGAUACUCGAGCUAGUUAAUUAAUAAGGCAUUUAUCUGUAAAUAAUGUAAAAGCAUUCACUCCACAUAUACUUGUUGUGAUAUAUUGAGCGCUCCAAUCAUGUCACAAUUUUCUUGAUUUGCAAACUACAGAUGUUGACUUCAUUGGGAACAGAUUCAUCACAAGCAUGAAACCAAAAUUUGGGGUGGUAAUUUGACAGUUUGUUGUAAGCUAAUAACAGUUUCUAAUGGAUGUCUAUGUUUGCAU